CAGGCCUGCCAGGGUCUCCACUAGCAGGCGAUCACCAAUCUGCUGUCCUGGACCCAGUCUUUGGAUCCCAUGUGCUCCCAAACUCACGGAAUCUGAGCAGUGUCCAGACGCUAUCUCUAGUCCUUACCUCUUGGGCACAUCCUGUCUGACACCUUUCUGUGGGAUGGUGGGACCCAACAGUCCAGCUGCCCUAGGUCCCCAAACCAGUUCUGAACCUGCCCCAAGUCCUAUGUGCACACUCCACAGAGCUCUACCUUCGUGGGUGCUCCAGCGUGUAGUUUAACCCUUCGGUGACACAUGGCAGAUAAUGCAAGGUACUCACUCAGGCUUUGCCAAGAACUUCUUAAACACACAUGCACCUUACUCAUAGACGGCACAAGAGAUUUACAGACCUAUGGAAAAAAACAAUGCACAGCUGAACGCAGUUCCCUCCUUCAGAGUCCUCACCACUCCUGAGAGUCCUUUAGGGUUUGGUCAUAGGGGACCAGGUCCAUCUUGCCCCCUACAUCUUCUCAGUCUGCUCGUUCCGGUGAUGGUCUUUGUCCCUUUGCUAGAGAGCCUGUCCUUUGAAAAGCAGGGUCGGGACGCCUCUUCCUGCUUCUCCUCUCAUGUUGGGGAAUUUUCCAUUCUCCCCCUCUCCCCACUUUGUGUGGCAGAGGGUUGCUAAAAGCUAGUGGCUCUGCCUGGCACCCCUCUGGAGCUAUCUGGGUAAGACUAUACAGUUGCUAAUGGCCCUGUUUCAGAUUUUCAGAUGUGGUGCAUUUUCUACCAUAAAAUGGAAGCUAUAAUCCACAGUGACGGUCACAGUCGUAAACAAGAGUGCAUAAAAUCAAAUGGAAUUCAUGAGUUUACAUAGACAGAGUGACAAAACUUCACAGCCUCCGCCAUAGCAUCUGUAAAGCAGGUUUGCUUCAGGAAGUGGGAAGCUUGCUUGAACAGAGCUGUCUCUGCUCUUUCGCUGGUUCAAGUUCCCCUGUUCUGAAGAAAUAUCUCCUGACUUUGUGGCUAAAAUCAUUCAAAUCCAGUGGGAGCAGAUUCUGGAGGAAACCUAUGCCACACCUCUGCACCUCACAGUAGAGGUUGCUGAGAUGACUUCCUCAAAAGAAUAUGGAUCCAGUUCUUGGGAGCUCAUUGUCACAGUCGAUCAUCAGUAUGAAGAAGAGCAAAAGGAAUUUACACUUCGGGUCUCGGGAGAUCUACAUAUUGGUGGAGUGAUGCUCAAAUUAGUAGAACAAAUCAACUUAUCACGGGAUUGGUCAGACUACGCUCUUUGGUGGGAGCAGAAGAAGUGCUGGCUUCUGAAGACCCACUGGACGCUGGAUAAGUGUGGGGUGCAGGCAGAUGCCAAGCUGCUCUUUACCAUGCAGCACAAGAUGCUGCGCCUCUGCUUGCCGAACAUGAAAACCGUGCGGCUGAAGGUCAGCUUCUCUUCGGUGGUGUUCAAGGCUGUCAGUGACAUCUGCAAAACCCUCAAUAUUAGACGGUCGGAAGAACUCUCUCUGUUGAAACAGUCGGAAGAUACUUUGAAAAAGAAAAAGAAAAAAGACAAGAAUAACAAAGAACCAGUCAUAGAAGACAUUUUAAACCUGUACAACUCUCCAGUGAUUGCAGGAUCACCAGCAAGUCCUGGUUUAUUCAGUAAAACUAUGACUCCCAUUUAUGACCCUGUCAAUGGAACACCAGUCCCGUCUACUAUGACUUGGUUCAGCGACAGCCCUCUGACUGCACCGAACUGCAGCAUCCUUGCCUUCAGCCAUCCCAACUGUUCUCCGGAAACACUGGCCGAAAUGUAUCAGCCUCGGACCUUAGCUGACAAAGCCAAACUUAAUGCAGGCUGGCUGGAUUCAUCACGAUCGCUUAUGGAACAAAGCGUCCAGGAGGACGAUCAGCUUCUCUUACGCUUUAAGUACUACACUUUCUUUGAUCUGAAUCCAAAGUAUGAUGCGGUGCGAAUAAACCAGCUAUAUGAACAAGCCCGGUGGGCCAUCCUAUUAGAAGAAAUCGAUUGCACGGAGGAAGAAAUGUUGAUCUUUGCUGCAUUACAGUAUCACUUAAGCAAGUUAUCGUUAUCAUCAGAGGCACAAGACUUCACACAUGACUCUGAAGUAGAUGAAGUGGAAGCUGCACUUUCCAAUCUGGAAGUAACGCUGGAAGGUGGAAAAAUGGAUAACAUCUUGGAGGACAUUACAGACAUACCGAAACUUGCAGAUAAUCUCAGGCUAUUUAGGCCCAAGAAGCUAACCCUAAAAGCCUUCAAGCAGUAUUGGUUUGUCUUUAAAGACACUUCAGUAUCUUAUUUUAAAAACAAGGAAGCUGGGCAUGGAGAACCCAUUGAGAAGCUAAACCUAAAAGGAUGUGAAGUUGUCCCAGAUGUAAAUGUCGCCGGGAGAAAAUUUGGAAUUAAAUUACUAAUUCCUGUUGCUGAUGGCAUGAAUGAAGUGUAUUUGAGAUGCGAUACUGAGAAUCAAUAUGCCUGCUGGAUGGCUGCUUGUGUCUUAGCUGCCAAAGGCAAAACAAUGGCAGACAGCUCUUACCGGCCUGAGGUGCACAAAAUCCUUUCAUUCCUGAAGAUGAAGAACCGGACCACGUCUCCGCAGGCGGUCUCCGAUCCAGAGAGCGUGGACAUGAAACCAGAACGCUUUGUCUCACCACGAUAUGCCAAAAAAUACAAGUCCAAACAGUUGGCCGCCCGCAUUCUGGAAGCCCAUCAAAACGUGGCACAGAUGCCGCUAGUGGAAGCCAAGUUACGCUUUAUCCAGGCGUGGCAGUCCCUCCCCGAGUUCGGCUUAACAUACUACAUUGUAAGGUUUAAAGGAAGCAAGAAAGAUGAUCUGCUGGGAAUUUCCUAUAACAGGCUGAUUAGGAUUGAUGCAGCCACUGGGGAUCCUAUCACAACAUGGAGAUUCUCCAGUAUGAAGCAGUGGAAUGUGAACUGGGAAAUACGUCAGGUUGCAAUUGAGUUUGAUCAGAAUGUGUCCAUUGCUUUCACGUGCCUGAGUGCAGAUUGCAAGAUUGUCCAUGAAUACAUUGGAGGUUACAUCUUCCUGUCAACUCGUUCCAAAGACCAAAAUGAAACACUGGAUGAAGAUCUGUUCCAUAAAUUAACUGGAGGACGGGAAUGAGGUGAAGCAACAUGUUUGCUUGCUGGCAAAAAGGACCAGACAAUAUAUAAGGUUCUCUCUCUUACACUGUUACUUCUGUUGACUGAUGAAAUAGCACAGACCAGUGUACUUAUCCUGUGGCAGAGGGAUGGAAUAAGGUGACUCUUGAUCAAUAUUAGGGAAAUAAGACUUCUUUGGUUGUUUUUUAUGCUAUGUGAAGAUUUCACCAAAGGUUCCCUUUAUCUUGAUUGUUGACGCACAUUUCCUAUUCUGUCCUGUUUAACUUAGAUCUAUUUUAGCAUCCUGAACAAGGAAUUUGAGGCUACUGAGAUACACAUCCUGUUCUCUGUUACACUGGGGCAACUGCCAUUCAUCUCCCAUUUUCUAGAUUAUCUCAGGAUUAAUAGAGCUAGGGCUACAUAAAUAUACAUUUGAAAUCUAUAUUACUGGAACAAAAUGCUACCUAUCAUGUACAUAGUACUUCCACACCCCCAAGAUUUCAUGCAUCCUGAGAUGUUGAAUUUGUCGCUACAGAAUCACUGCUAGAUGGUGUUUGUUUGGGCUGUCGUUGGGCCUGAUUCUUCUCUCACUGGGUCUGGUUUUACUCCAGUCUCUCUCAGCUGGCUGCAGUGGAGUUAUUCCUGAUGCAUACCGGUGUACGCGCAUGAGGGGUCAAGUGGAUUGAAACAGGAGGGGGAGCUGUAGAGGAGCACUACAAACCCAAGCCAGGGAGAGGAAGAGGAGUGUUCCCUCCUCUUUUAGCAGUGCUGCUCCCCUUUCUUUAGCUCUCUAUGGGAAGAGUCAGACCCAAUGGUGUUCUGUUAGUGAAAUUCACUCAUGGUGCAGAGGGACCAUACAAGGCCUUCUAUGCUACUUAAUGCCUGCACGAGAGCUGCUAACAGAAGUAGGUAGUUCUUUUCAUCAGUUGAUCUCAAAGCACUUUACAAAGGAGGGCAGUGUCAUUAUCCCCAUUUUACAGAUGGGGAAACUGAGGCCAGGGGGAAGUGAAGUGACUUGCCCAAGGUUGCCCAGCAGGACCGUAGCAGAGUCAGGAAUAGAACCGUGGGUGCUUCGGUCCUUGUCCAGCGCUCUACCCACUAGGCGACACUGUGUUGAGAUCAGAGGGAGACAGCAUGAACUGAUCUUGCGAUCUGAGGUGCAGGCUGUCAGGCUGUUGAUUUUGAAGAACGAUACCUUUGCUUCAUUCCGUGGGGAGUUCUGCCUACACCCCACAGCGUGUUAGAGCUGCAGGCAGCAGGAGGGAACCACAUAGUAUGCUGUGAAUAUAUGAAUGUUUGUGCAGUAAGAUUUUGAAAUGUUUCCCACUCUAGCCUGGCUUGUAACAUUUUUGCUGUUCCAGCCCUUAAAUAAAUACACACUUUUGUAUUCAA